AGGAAAGUCAUCGAGAGGCUAUGGAGCUGCGGGCAAAGUUGCAAAAUGUCUUAAAGGAAACUGCACAGAUAGAAGAACAUUCAAAAACUACUGAGAAGGAGUGUCAAGAAGUAUAUGCCAGUCUGGAUGAUUCCAGACAGCAUAUUGUCCAACUCCGAGAACAACUUGAUGAAAUGAAUGCUCAGAAGACUCAUCUGCAGAAGUUGGCAGAUGAGAAGGUAGUGCAUGUACGUGAAUUGGGUGUGCGAAUGUCUCAGCUUGAAGGAGAGAUUAGACAUCUGCAGGAUGAAAAUCGAAGGCUCAAAGAAGCAGGCUCCUCUUCUCCCAAAGUCAAUGGAGAUGUUGGAGAUAUAGAAAUGGUGGUAUCCCUGCAGAAAAAACUGAAUGAGGUCAACUCUGUGCUGUCAGAAAGAGACCACCUCAUCCAGAAAUUGAGUGAAGAAAAUCUACGGCAAAAGGAGGAGCUCUCAAGCCUUUCAGAUGACUUCAGUAUUCAGAAAUCAAAGAAUAAUGUGAGUGGCAAUGCCAAUCUGUUGUUUUCUGGUUGCUGCUACUGAGUCC